AUGGAAUAAAGUUUAUUCAUCUCAUAACAAGAAAUAGAAAUAGUCAAUAAAUUAAAUACCAUUAACAUUAAUGUUGGUGUCUUAGGACAUAUUGAUUCUGGCAAGACAUCACUGGUUAAGACAUUAUCCAAGAUAACAUCAACAGCCUCAUUAGACAAGAACCCUUAGAGUUAGGAGAGGGGAAUUACUUUGGAUCUGGGGUUCAGUGCAUUUUACACUCGUAAUCCGAAUGAAUAGGGAAAAUAUUUUCAAUUUACUUUAGUCGAUUGUCCCGGACAUGCAUCAUUAAUCAAGACAAUCAUAGGAGGAGCUUAAAUUAUUGAUAUGAUGUUUUUAGUGAUUGAUGUGACUAAAGGCAUUUAAACUUAAACUGCUGAAUGUUUAGUCAUUGGUGAGAUUUUGGCUGAUAAAUUAAUUGUGGUCUUGAACAAAAUAGAUCUAGCAACUGAGGAAGUAAUUAAUAAACAAAAGAAAAUUAUUGCUAAUGUCCUAUCCAAGACAAAGUUUGGAAAUUAGGUCCCAUUAGUACCUGUCUCAGCCAUAUAAGCACUUGGAAUAGAAGAUCUAUUAGGAAUUUUACUUCAAAAUAUCACUGUCCCCAAUCGAUAAGCCUAAUUGAAUAAAGGUCUGUUGUUUAUGAUUGAUCAUUGCUUCUAAAUAAAGGGAUAAGGAACAGUCACUACUGGUACGAUCAUACAAGGAUCAAUGAAACCAAACGAUGAGGUCUAUUUUCCUAUGCUCAAUUUGAAUAAAAAGAUCAAAAGUCUAUAAAUGUUCAAGAAACCUGUUUAGAUUGGAGAACCUGGAGAUAGAAUAGCUGCCUUAUUCACUAAUCUAGAUGCAAAAGAGAUUGAGAGGGGGAUUGUAUGUUAACCGGGGAUUGUAUCACUGUUAGAAAACAUCGUUAUUGAUUUCAAGAAGAUUAGUUAUUAUAAAGGAUAAUUAAAGUCUUAAAAUAAAUUUCAUAUCACUUCGGGUCAUUUGACUGUAAUGGGAUAAUUGAAAUUGAUCAUAAGACCCAAGAAUUUGUAAUUGGAGAUCAAUAGUGAAGGGGAAUACCUGGAGGAUUAUGAAGAUUAUGUAAAACUUCAAGAAAAAUACAAUUUGUUUGGUGUACUCCAAUUGGAAAAACCAUUAAUUGCAUCUAUGAAUUCUUUAGUUAUUGCUUCAAAAUUGGAUACUGAUUUAGAAGCAAAUAUAUGUAGAAUUGCAUUUUAUGGAAAUAUUCUGUACUCUUACACAACUUAAUAAUUAUUUCAAUAGAAUUUUUUAAGAAUUUUCAGAAAGAAGACUAAAAAUGGAAAGGUAGAAAAGGUGAUUGACAAUUACACCUUACUUAUUAAGGAUUUAUUCAAGAAAGAAACAAAUAUAGCGAAUUAUAUAGGAAAGUUGAUUGUUAUCAAAUAAGGGAAUAUUCAAGGGAAGAUUGAUAGUGCAUUUGGGAAGAGUGGAAAAGUUAAAGUGUUUGUCGAAUCAGGAACUAAUUAAGACAUGGCCAAUAGUGAUGUUGUUAUGAUUUAUAAGAAAUAUCUAUUUCAUAAAUGA